CAGGCUUUAAGAACGUGGCAAACGAACGAACGACGUAGGCCUAGUGACCGUCGCUCUUUGUAUCCUAACAAAUUGUCUAACUGAAAUGGGCGUGCUCGGUAACAUAAGCUUUCUCCUUUAUGGAUCAAAGAACUUCGGCAAGAAAGGCUUCGCGCGAGCGUCGGCGACAUGGGACAACAGCGUCAUGGAAAGACGCCUCGACGGCAAGGUGGUGAUGGUUACAGGCGCUAACCAGGGGCUGGGCUUCGAAACCUCGCAGGAGCUCGCACGCCGCGGCGCGACUCUCUACAUGGUAUGUCGUAACCCGCAACGCGGUGAAGAGGCGGUGCAGAAAGUACGACAGGCCUCCGGGAAUCAGGAUGUGCAUUUACAGGUGUGUGAUGUGUCCAGCCUGGCCUCCAUAGACUCGCUGAUUCGGGAGUGGGAGGCCGCCAACCGACCUCUACACGUCCUCAUCAACAACGCGGGCAUACUGGUGCACGAGUUCCAGCCCAGUGCCGACGGCUACGAAAGCUGUUUCGCCACCAGUACCCUGGGGCCCUUCGCACUGACCCGGGGCCUGGGGCCCCUGCUGCGGCGCAGUGGGCCCCCCGCCCGGGUGGUGUUCGUGUCCAGUGGGGGAAUGUACACAUCACCGUUGGAGGUACGGCAUGUGAGUAAUGAAGAUCUCAGGACAGGCAAGUACGACGGUAUGGUGGCGUACUCCCGGGAUAAGCGGCGGCAGGUGGCGCUGGCGGAGCGGUUUGCGGAGCUGUGGGGCCCCGAGGGUGUGGGUGUGUAUUCCAUGCACCCCGGCUGGGCCACGACGGAGGGCGUCAAGAAGUCCAUCCCCGGAUUCUACAAUUUCUACCGGGACUCGUUUAGAGAUGUGGCCCAAGGAGCUGAUACCAUUGUGUGGCUGGCCUUGCAGGUAACAUUGCAGGACGACGCUUCGGCGCUGCAGCCAGGCGGCUUCUACUUGGACCGCGCGCCACAGACCAAGCACCUGCGCAUGGCGGGCACACAGUACGGCAAGCAGCAUGUGGACGAGCUUUGGGCGGCUUUGGAGCGGAUGUGCGUCGACAAGGUCAAACCCGCUGUGGUUACCCCGGCUUAA